AUGACGUAAUUGUUUGGUCACGCUUCAAUGUCACUGAUCUCGUUGGUAAUUAUUUGUCGUCUGAAAAUUACAGGCUGCAGAGUACACGCUAUACUGAACAUGGCGCCUACGCAUUGUGCUGUUCCUGGUUGUAAUUGGACCCGCAAAGCUGUUGCCAAGUACGGAAUGCAAAAUAGAAGUCUGUUUACUGUUAAAAAUCCGUUAUUUGUAAAAACUGCUUGUGAAAAAGAACAUUUUACCUCAUUGACCAACUUUCUUUUGUCAGUAAGAGACGUAAGUGGAGGGGACAGAAUAAAGAAUAUGCUGCAUAGGGAAAUGGCAGGAAUAUGUGAUGCACAUUUUAAUGAAGACGAUAUCAUUAAAACUGGCAAAAUAAAAAAGCUUAAGAUCGGUGCAAGACCAUGCCUACUGCUCCCCAAAAAAACAUCUUUUUCUGCACCACAAAGAAACUUCCAGCUGCAAGGAAUACACUACAACAAAAGAAAAAACAUAAAAAUGUACAGGAUUUAAAAAAG